AUGAGGCUUCCCAUACUAGGUACCUUAAUCCUGGCGGCCAGCCUGUUGGCCGUCAGCGAGGCCCAGACAUUUGGUUCAGGGCUCUUCCCGAACUUCCCAUUCGUUGCAUGCCAGAGGUCGCAGUCGGCCUACAAGGUUGCAAGCACCGUUACUUCAGGUGGCAGCAACACAUACUGUUUUACACUUCGUGUCAGUGUUCCAGACAACUGCGCGAGCUACUGCUGCCAGGAUGCAGACCUUCGGAAGUUCGAGCUGAACGUCUAUCGCAAGUGCGAUAUCAGCGGCAUCAAGCUGCGGGCUACACUGGAUGGCGCCCCGGCCAAGACCGUCCCCACGAUUGUUGAGGCGCUGGACGGCAAGAAUGACUCCACAAUCCUCCGCUUGCCAGCCCUGGGACUCAACCAGAGCACCGCCGACGGGGUGGAGCUCUGCAUCACAUUGGGCCCCAACAGCAACGGCGAAGGCUGCCUGACCCUGGAGGAGCUGUGUGUGCCCCCGGAGGGCUUCCCAGCGGGCACCUGCACGACCGCCCUGUUCGACACGCAGAACGACUGCUGCCCGCUCAGCAGGGUCACCGUGCCGCCACCAUCGCCGCCACCGUCACCACCACCGCCCGCGGGCUGCUCCAUGUGCGCCUACUUCACCGUCGUGCAAACGGUACCGGUCGCAGUGCCGUUCACCUUCAGCCAAGCCGAUUGUGAUAGCUUCGCUGCCACUGUCAGCUCAGGCAUGGAUGGGCUGUCCAUUGGCGCGGUCGUCCGGCCCUUCGAGCUGCAGCUUUGCUCUGGCAGCGUCGUGAAGGUUUGUGGCGGCUUGGACUACAGCGGGCCAGCAGACCUGCUCUCCGCCACACUCGAGAACCUGGCUAGCUUCUGGCUCGAACAGGCCCUGGGCGGAGGCACAUGCCCCGCCUACCUGCUCGGCCAGACCAUCAGUGUCAACAUCGGCGGUGACGGUGAUCCAAUUAACCCGCCGCCAUCUUGCGGUGUCUCGGUUACCAAGGCGGCGGCUUGCUCACUACCGACCGCGGCAGAUGGCCCAGCUUGCGACUGCAACAGCCGGCAGAGGGCCACACCCUUCGCCAUGGUGCCCGUAUACACCGAGAAGAAGGGCCGAUUUGCGAACACCAACAUGUACUGCUUCGACUUCCUUACCAUCGCCCCGGAGUUCCCCAAUGGCCCUUGCGGCAGCACCACCACCCUCGCCAAGGUGGAGUUCUGGGUGGACGACGCAUACCGCCGCAAUCUGACUUCAGUGGGCGUGCAGCCCUCAGAUGCCACCCGCAUGACCUGGCUGGCUCCCUCUUUCGCCACCAGCGGUGACCUGACUCUCAAGGUCUCUAAUCUCAACUGGAGCCUCAGCCAGGCCAGAGGCGCUCGGAUCUGUAUGGACCUGGACAAAUCCGUUCCGAUGGCCGACUUCUGCCUAGGCAAGGUGCCUGGACACUGCUGGGCUGCGCUGUUCGAUACCUCCCUGAAGUGCUGCCCGCUGUACAUCGCGAGCACUUGA